AUGGCCAACACUACAAUGGGAAGUACCACUCGAUCAUGCGAUGCGUACCUGCUGUUCAAUGGCGAAACACUGCUUCCAAAUGGUGUUCGUGCUUUCCUUUGUACUGUUGCCCUAGCGUACUGUUUUAUUGGUUUAUCCGCGAUCACUGCCCGGUUCUUCAAGUCGAUGGAGAGCAUCACAAACCACUCUCGGGAGGUAGUUACAAUUGAUACAGAAACAAAUACGCCUAUCGUGAAGCAUGAGAAGGUUUGGAACUACACUAUAGCGGACAUUGCUCUGCUUGCUUUUGGUACCAGCUUUCCCCAGAUCUCCCUCGCAACAAUCGAUGCAAUCCGUAAUCUCGGUCAACUGACAGCAGGAGGUUUAGGUCCAGGUACACUUGUGGGUUCUGCUGCGUUUGAUCUGUUCCCGAUCCAUGCUGUCUGUGUGGUUAUGCCAAGGGCAGGCUCUAUGAAAAAGAUUUCCGAUUUAGGUGUUUGGUUAGUUGAGCUGUUUUGGUCAUUCUGGGCAUACAUCUGGCUGUAUAUUAUUUUAGAGGUGUGGACACCUAAUGUGAUCACCCUCUGGGAGGCCCUGCUAACAGUUUUGCAGUAUGGAUUACUUCUGGUUCAUGCGUAUGCGCAGGAUAAGCGGUGGCCAUAUGUGUCAAUCCCUUUGGUCAGAGGUGAGAGACCUGAAGAUUGGGUUCCAGCAGAAGAUACUUCACUUCACCAUGACAAAAAUUGUGAUGAAAAUAGUGACAUACUACCCAGCGAGAAUGAUGAUGUUGUGGAUGUAUUCUCCUUUCGUUCUUACAGCAAUGCAGGGUAUCAUCAUGUUCCGGAAAAGGAUAUAGAAGAGUCGUCCAAAACAAUGCUUGUAGUAAAGAACACACAAGAGGAUACUUACUGGCUUUCCGUUUGGCGGCAACAAUUUGUGGAUGCUGUAAUGCUGGAGAGUCCCGAGCUAAAGAAAAUGGAUUCUGUCUGCCUGAGAUUUAUCUUAAUAUGUUGGAACUCAAUCAUCGCACCUUGGAAAUUGUUGUUUGCUCUUGUGCCCCCGUAUCAAAUCGCACAUGGAUGGAUUGCUUUUAUUUUCUCUCUGAUCUUCAUAAGUGGUAUUGCCUAUGGGGUCACCAAGAUUACAGACCAGAUAAGCUGUGUCACAGGACUAAACCCAUAUGUUAUAGCAUUCACAGCGCUGGCUGCUGGAACCUCAUGGCCGGAUCUAGUCGCUAGCAAGAUUGCUGCCGAGCGUCAAGUUACUGCAGACUCUGCAAUUGCCAACAUCACUUGCAGCAAUUCAGUGAACAUAUACGUUGGCAUUGGUGUUCCGUGGUCGAUCAACACAGUGUACAAUUUCUUUGCCUACCAGGAACCACUGUACAUAGACAAUGCUGCUGGUCUCAGCUUCUCACUUCUGGUCUUCUUCGCAACAUCUUUUGGUUGUAUCACAGUUUUGGUUCUCCGCCGCAUAGUAUUUGGUGCUGAGCUUGGGGGCCCUAGGCUGUGGGCUUGGGCAACAUCGGCUUAUUUCAUGGUCCUUUGGGUUGUUUUUGUUCUACUUUCUUCUUUAAGAGUUUCUGGGGUAAUAUAG